CUAUUAGGUAGCGCGUGAGUAUUCGCGUAUUUCAGAUUUCAUAUUUAAAAAAAAGUAGAAUUGCGUGAGAAUUAUUAUUACAUUUCAAGGUUCAUAUUAUUUGUUUCAAGUUAAUUCGGGUGGGUAGAAUUACGAGAGCAAUCGCCACAAAGUUCAUUUAAAUUCGUUAAUUUCAGCCAAAGUUAUAAAUGUAUUAUGAAUUCGAAAAAAUAAUAAUAGUUAUAGUAAUUAAUCUUCAAUGUUUUCCCACAGUGAGUAAUCCGUGUGAACUUAUCGGCAUUGUAUUUCUUGGUGAAUGUUCUGUUCUAUGUAACUCACACGCGUGCACGUCGUAUAUUGCGAAACAUUAACGUAUCCGUAGUCCGGUAAUCUUAAAAGAGCUUUGCUUUGUGUGAAAUGCCGUUGCCUUAUAAAGUUCCUUAGCACUGUUUAAUGGUAGCAGACGUUGAACUAAUGCUAAUCGUCAAGGAUAAAUAGGCAUCAUGAAGAAUAGAAGUUUGGCCGGUAAUUGUGGCAUUGGCGUUUUUGUUAUUGCCCUUGUCACAGUCGCCUUGGCUUUCGGCACACCGAGUUGGUUGGUUAGCGACUCUAGAAUAAGGAGUGCAAGAUUGGACAGGCUUGGAUUAUGGAACUACUGCUUCAGAUCACUGCCAGAUCCAUUAGAUCAGCACCAGAGACGGUUUUUCGUGGGUUGUCGUUGGGUCUAUGACCCGUUUACUACAGGGUAUGAUAAGAUUCGAGGCUAUUUGUUACCAGGAUUUAUGAUAGCAACUCAAUUCUUCUUCACAUUGUGCCUCCUCGGAGUGUUGAUAAGUACCAUAUUGGUAUUGAUAUUCUUUCUUUGCUGUGGACCCGACCAAAGCAGAUUCAUCUUAUUGAUCAAAAGCAUUGGAUUCAUUAUGUUGGGUGCUGGAAUAAGUGGUGCAAUUGCUGUUAUAGUAUUUGCAUGUUUGGGUAACACCGAUGGGUGGAUGCCAGAUCAUCCCAACAACUAUUUAGGAUGGUCAUUCGGAUUGGGCGUGGUCGGCGCUAUAGCGUGUAUUGUUGCUUCCGCUUUGUUUUUGACCGAAGCUAAUAUCCAACGUAAGAAACGCAAUAAACUAAAAGAGUCACAAGCGCGCUUCGAAAUGGAAUACGAAUCAAAGGCUUAACGAACCAAACCGAGCUGAUUAAGAGAAACGCAUCGGCUCACACGAAACUGCAGGCCCGCGCUCCAAUAUAUAUUAAGUAAGUGCAACAUCAGAUACCAGUGCAUUGAAAAAAG